GCGCAGCUCCUGUUGAAAUGGAUGACUUGGAGUCAGAGUUUAAUCUGAAAGUUGUCCUGGUCAGUUUCAAGCAGUGUCUCAAUGAGAAGGAAGAGGUGCUGCUGGACCACUACCUCGCCAGCUGGAGGGGGCUGGUCAGGUUCCUGAACAGCCUGGGCACCGUCUUCUCGUUCAUCUCCAAGGACGUGGUGGCGAAGCUGCAGAUCAUGGAGCAGCUGUGCGGUGGCCCCCAGCGGGAGCACUAUAGCACCCUGCAGGCCAUGGUGGCCUACGAGGUGGGCAGCCAGCGGGUGGACCUGGAGCGGCGCUCCCGCCACCCCGACUCGGGCUGCCGGACGGUGCUGCGGCUGCACCGCGCCCUGCACUGGCUGCAGCUCUUCCUGGAGGGCGUCCGCACCAGCCCUGAGGACGCACGCACCACCGCGCUCUGCACUGACUCUUACAAUGCCUCGCUGGCCGCCUACCACCCCUGGAUCAUCCGCCGGGCCGUCACCGUGGCCUUCUGUGCACUGCCCACACGCAAGGUCUUCCUGGAGACCAUGAACGUGGGGUCCCCCGAGCAGGCCGUGGAGAUGCUGGGUGAGGCCCUGCCCUUCAUCGAACGGGUCUACGACAUCUCCCAGAGGCUCUACGCCGAGCACGCCCUGCUGGACCUACCCUAGGGGCUGGCGGGCCCAGGUGGGGUGGGAUUCCCCCAAUCCAGAGCUGGGUGGGGGCAGCCGGGACCCAUCGGUCCCACCGUGGAACUUUCUGGGUCCCCCUGUGAGCUGAGCUUGUCGGGAGCCACUCAGAGCCUCCAGCCGCUGCAGACAGGCUUCACGGAGAAGGCAGACGCUGGCCGUCUGCUCCACGCCCGGCCUCUCGUUUGCCCGGGCAUCUCAUCUUUACCCUCAGCUAAGUUCCACCCGUGUCCAGUCAGGCCUCUCCCGGGUGGAUGCAGUGCAGGAAGCAGGCAGUGGGCGGCAGGAUCAGUGUUCAUGGAAAAGCUGCCCCUGCCUGGGGGUCAAGUCUGUGAGCUGCGGGGAGUCACGGGGCCCAGGACGCAGUGUCUGCCCAGCUGGGCUGCCUUGGGCCCCUCUGUAACGGCUGGCUGUCCCCAGGACAGGGCGAGAGUCUUGGGCAGGGGUCAGCCCUGCAGGCUUUCUCCCCGCCCCUCUCCUCCUCAGCCAGGGGGCAGUGACAGCAGGACCUGAAGCUCCGAGGGAAGGCCUGCCCUGCUGCCACUGCCCUGCACACAUGUCAGCAGCUGCCUGCAGCCUAGAGUCUGCACAGCACAGCCCGAGAGCCCCCAGGAUCCCAGGACUCCUCUGGGCCAGUGCUGGCCUCCCUCCCCAGCAUCCAGCGAGAUGCCGUGUUCCCUCUUCCUUGCCACUUACUGCUCCAUCCCCGUGGAGCUCAGGAGAGCCAGGAUGACAGCACAAGGGAGGGGGCCUCGACUGCUCUGCCUCAGUGACAGGCUGACAGGUGGCCACACCCAGCCCGGCCAUCACCCAGUGCUUGGGGGCCUGGCCCCACCCACUGCCUCUUCACUGUGAGGCCAGAGCCUCAGGUGCCAAGGGGACGUUAUUCACCAUGCAGCAAAUGUACAUAAGUGCAAGCUUUCAGGCGCCCUUAGAAGCUGUAAUACAGGUGAUGGCUUUUCCAAAAUAAACUGCACUUAGCAGAACUACUGCUCUCCAGGACGGGGGUGUUGGGUGUGCCAGGCACCUGCUCCCAGGCAGUCAGGACCGUGUCAACCGCAGGGCCGUGAGGUAUGCCCCAGCCAGUGCUGGGGACCUGCCCGUCUCUGUGCACGCUUUAGCCCUGCCAGGCCCCAUCUGUUGCCAAGGUCCACAUUAUCCCCACUUUACAGUUGAGAAAACUGAGUCACAGAAUCACCUAAGUGGCUGAGUUGGAAACGCAGGUCUGAGGCCAGCCACGUACCGUGCAGAGAGAAGGAAAUUUGCCUGGACUGCAGCCAGUGGAGGGGGGCUGCUCACGCCAUGGCAGUGGCCUGGACAGAAAGAGGAUGCCUGUCAGGGAGGGUCCUCUCAGACGCUGCCCAAAGGCCAGAACUGAAUAGCAGUGCCCAACACAAGCCACCUCCAAGUCCCCACACCCAGCGGGGACCAGAGCCUGGUGUGGUGCCUGCAAAGGCCAGUGACUCUGGGGGAACAGCCUGGGGUUCCCCCGGGCCAGAGAGCGAGGGCUGCACGUGUGUGUACGUGUGCAUGCAAUGGUACAGGUGCAGGCCCUGCGCGUGCGUGUAGCGUGUGUGCUGCGCCAUGUGUGCGCACCCCACAGGGCAGUGGGGACAGGCAAGGACUGGAUCCCUAGACCACGUCCCAUAAAUGUCUGCCGGGCCCCACCGUACCCCAGGGCCAUCGCUAGCUUCCCCCAGCUCCUCUGGGUGCCUGUGGCCUGGUGUCAGUGAGGCCCCCAGCCCCAGACUGGGGGAGACGGGUCCUCGGGCACCCAGAGGCUAAGCGGGAGCUGCUGGCCUGGCCCCCAGGCCCCCGGCACACCCUGGGGCUGACCCGGCUGCAGCAGCCCGUUUGGUUAUGGCAUUUCCUCCCCCGCUUGCCUGCCGCUCCUCAGGCCCAGCUGCGAGCCCGGCCCGCACAGGCAGGGCCCAGGCCGGAGUGAGCACGGCCAGCCACGGGGCCCUGCAGCUUCUAGGCCUUAGACCCUCAAGGUGCACUGUCCCCAGGCAGGCCGAGAGCCCACGGCCUCCCCCUCGGGACCCUCCCCACCCCAGCCACGGGGUGGGAGCCGGGCCAGCCGGCCAUCCAUUGUCCUCCUGGCUGGCCUGCAGGGCUGUGGGACACCCCCCACCCGGCUGCCCCUGGGCCUGCCGAGGGAGCCACCCCUGCAGUCCCCUGCCCCGACUGCCAGGAGUGCCUCCCCAGGGCUGGAGGGAGUGUUUCUGUGCCCACUCCUUGGGGCACUGGCACCUCCAAGCCUGUCUCACAGGCAGCCGGAGAAUCCAGGCCCCUCUGGCAGACGGGUCCAGGGUGACCCCUCUCCAGGAAUAGGUGGGCGCCAGGGGCUUGGGCACAGGCAGGUAGCAAGGUCGCAGUCAGUGGCUGCCCAAAGCCUGCCUGCCCGGGUCACUGUCAGGCAGAGAGCCUAGUGGUGGCGUCAGGGUAAGAGUCCAACGUGAGCACAUCUCUGGGGCCCAGGAGAUGGAGGACGUCUCCAGGGCCCCGAGCUGGCAGGUGAGGGCAGGCGAGCACUUUGCUAAACACACCCUUCGCCCCUCCCCGACUCCCCAUAUCUGGGGCCCCGGUCGG